AUGUAUUCUACUAUAAUAAGCUCAUCUGGCAUCUGGGCCAGCAUGUUGUGGUACAACGGUAAAAUGUCGUACCUUGACGGAGGUACCUUUGGCGGGGGCCAUGGGCGUUCCAUCCCAGUCACAUGGGAUGCCCGUGACCUGGGUAUGGAUAAUCCAUUUCGUAACGCAUUGUUUUUGAACUAUCUCCAGCUUGAAAUGCUACUUCGGUCAAAAAACAUACCGAGUAUUUUUGAGCUCCGCUCAGUCAGCCUUGACAAGAUGAGCUGGCUGUCGUUCAUGCCGCCGGCUCUGGCGCCGUGUCGUGCUGCCUCCCGUGGUGCAGCCUGGCCACUGCGGCUGCUGGGGCUCUCAGCUGUGCAAGCACGGAGCUUUCCUGCUGCCUCGCGCAAAUGGAACAGCAGACACGAUUACAAUCCUAUCCCAAAGAGGACUGCUACCACCGCAUCUACUCCGUCAGCCGUCCCUUAUGCUUCCCUCACUGUCGGCAUUCCACGCGAGACCUUUCCCAACGAGCGGCGUGUUGCCAUCACUCCGCAGAACGUGGCAUUGCUUCUCAAAAAGGGUUUCUCGCGUGUGCUCGUCGAGCGUGGUGCUGGAGAGGCGGCCCAGUUCACCGACGAGGCGUAUACCAAGGCCGGCGCCACCAUCGUCGAUCGAGACGCGGUGUGGUCCCAGAGUGAUGUCCUGUUGAAGGUGCGCGCUCCAGGCAUUGAUGAUCCUAACAAUGAAGUCCAAGCCUUCCGUGAGGGCGGAACAAUUAUUUCCUUCCUCUAUCCCGUGCAGAACAGGCCGGUAGUCGAAGCUUUGGCGUCCCGUGGAGUUACGUCGUUUGCAAUGGAUAAGAUUCCUCGCAUCUCUCGCGCUCAGGUAUUCGACGCAUUGAGCUCUAUGGCUAAUAUUGCGGGAUACAAAGCGGUUCUGGAAGCCUCGAAUGAGUUUGGUCGCUUUCUGACAGGUCAAGUUACGGCAGCUGGUAAGGUGCUCGUAAUUGGUGCUGGUGUGGCUGGUCUCAGUGCCAUUGCUGCUGCUCGUCGUCUUGGUGCCAUUGUUCGAGCCUUUGAUACGCGUUCGGCAGCCCGGGAGCAGGUCCAGUCUCUGGGUGCCGAAUUCAUCGAGGUGGAUGUCAAAGAAGAGGGCGCCGGUCAAGGCGGCUACGCCAAGGAGAUGUCAAAAGAAUUCAUCGAGGCCGAGAUGAAGCUCUUCAUGGAGCAGUGUCGCGAGGUAGACAUCGUCAUCACGACCGCUCUCAUCCCGGGCAAGCCUGCCCCAAGACUUCUCACGAAGGAGAUGGUCUCUGCCAUGAAACCUGGAUCGGUGAUCGUUGAUCUAGCUGCUGAAGCCGGUGGUAACUGCGAAGUCACGGUUCCCGGAAAACUGACCAUAUAUGACGGCGUCAAGGUUAUCGGAUACACGGAUCUGCCCUCUCGUCUCCCUACACAGUCGUCUACUCUCUAUUCGAACAAUAUAACCAAGUUUUUGUUGUCUCUCGCCGACAAGGAAAAGAACUUUGCUAUCGAUCUCUCCGACGAGGUCGUGCGAGGCUCGAUCGUAACUUUGAACGGCGAGAUUCUCCCACCCGCUGCUCCACCUACACCUUCUCCAACCCCAACGGCGGCUGCAGCUAAAACCCCGUCCGCAAAAGAGGCGGAGUCCACGGCUUUGACUCCCUGGCAGAAGACCACGCGCGAGGUGGCUACGGUUACUGCUGGCAUGGGAACUGCAUUGGCCCUGGGCAAGGCGACAGGCCCGGUGUUUAUGAGCAACAUGUUCACCUUCGGUCUGGCAGGUCUGGUGGGCUAUCGCGCGGUGUGGGGUGUUGUUCCUGCUCUCCAUUCGCCGCUCAUGAGUGUCACAAACGCAAUCUCAGGCAUGGUUGGCGUUGGUGGUUUCUUCAUCAUGGGAGGAGGCUACCUACCAAGCACGAUUCCGGAGUUGCUGGGCGCAAUUUCAGUUCUUUUGGCUUUCGUUAAUGUCUCCGGAGGUUUCGUAGUUACCAAGCGCAUGCUGGACAUGUUCAAGCGUCCUACGGAUCCUCCAGAAUAUCCAUGGCUCUAUGCUAUUCCUGGUCUCCUGUUCGGUGGUGGUUACCUUGCUGCCGCCAGUACCGGCAUGGCAGGGCUUGUACAGGCUGGAUAUUUAGUUAGCAGUAUACUGUGCAUUAGCUCGAUCUCCGGGCUGGCCUCUCAGGAAACCGCUCGACGGGGUAACAUUCUUGGAAUUUUGGGAGUUGGUUCUGGCAUUAUUGCCUCGCUGCUGGCCGUCGGGUUCUCUCCUGAGGUUUUGGUGCAAUUUGGGGCUCUUGCUGGCAUUGGAAGUAUUAUUGGAGCUAUCAUCGGUCGACGUAUUACACCAACUGAGCUGCCUCAGACCGUCGCUGCUCUGCAUUCCGUGGUUGGUCUUGCGGCGGUGCUGACUAGUAUCGGAAGUGUCAUGGCCGAUAUUGCGCAUGCCUCGACUCUCCACCUUAUCACGGCGUAUUUGGGUGUUCUAAUCGGCGGUGUCACGUUCACUGGUUCGAUUGUUGCUUUCCUGAAGCUUGCAGGACGCAUGUCUUCCAGCCCCAAGAUCCUUCCCGGUCGACACUUGGUGAAUUCUUCCCUGCUAGGAACGAAUGUGGCGACGAUGGGAGCUUUCGUCUCGAUGGCACCUGGAGCUCCUGCUAUUGCGGCUACAUGUCUUGGUGCGAAUACUCUGCUCAGCUUCGUGAAGGGCUACACGACCACCGCUGCUAUUGGCGGUGCCGAUAUGCCUGUUGUCAUUACUGUUUUGAAUGCUUAUUCUGGAUUCGCCCUGGUUGCGGAGGGCUUCAUGCUCGACAAUCCGCUCCUGACCACAGUGGGCUCCUUGAUUGGCGUUAGCGGUUCAAUUCUGUCGUACAUCAUGGUCAGUGUGAGAGGUUCGGAAUUUGGUGCGAUAUUAACUCUUGUACCACAAGCGCAAAAGAAGAUCGAAGGCGAAGUCACCCAGACGUCGGUUGAAGAGACGGUUGAAUCGCUUGCCAAUGCUGAGAACGUCAUCAUCGUCGUGGGCUAUGGUAUGGCCGUCGCCAAAGCGCAAUACGCCCUCUCUGAGAUUACACGCAUGUUGCGAGCGAAAGGCGUCAACGUGAGAUUCGCCAUCCACCCGGUAGCUGGGCGGAUGCCUGGUCAAUGCAACGUGCUUCUUGCGGAGGCGUCAGUUCCGUAUGACAUCGUCUUUGAAAUGGACGAGAUCAACGACGACUUCGCUGAUACGGACGUGACGCUGGUCAUCGGCGCCAACGACACGGUCAACCCGAGCGCACUGGAGCCGGACUCUCCCAUCUCGGGCAUGCCGGUCCUGCACGCGUGGAAGAGCAAGGAAGUCAUCGUCAUGAAGCGUGGCAUGUCGAGUGGAUACGCCGACGUGCCGAACCCGAUGUUCUACAUGCCCAAUACGAAGAUGCUUUUCGGGGAUGCCAAGUCGUCUUGUGAUGCCAUCAAGAACGCGCUCGAAUCGAGGAAGUGA